GGGGUGGCCGGCCGGGGAGUAUCACUGCUCGGUAGCCAUAGUGACACGCACAGCAGAAGUACCGAGAAAGCAGAGACCGAGGGACUCGAUCGAUCUCUCCGUCACGCACGGAAGCGCUCCCGUCCUGCGCCUGUUGGCUGCUGUUCGAAGGAACGCCCGUUCGCACGCGAGGUGCCCCCCUCAGCAGAUGUUCAUGUCGAUGUGAGGAGCCGUUGGAUAAAAUAAUUCACGUACCACACAGAGGGGUGAAAUCAAGGCCUCAACAGUGAUCACUGGAUUACAUGGUCCCGAAAUAAAUGAAUCACAGCCAUGAAGAAACUAUGAAGAAAAUCAGCGUGGUGAACCUUGAUAAACUUUUGGAUAACUUCUCAGAGAUAGAAAAGAACAUAUCAGAAAUUAGUGAAGCAAAUAAACUACUGGUUCUUCAGCUGGAAAAAUGUAACAGGUUGUUAACUUUAAGCCAGUCAAAGGAGGAAUCAGUAAAAGAAGAAUGUACUACUCUACAGAAUGUGAUAAAGGGUCUAACACAAACCAUUGAAAACCAGUGUAAUGUGAAAGAUGAAAAUGAUAGACUGAAGGGUACCAUUCAUAUCUUGGAAGAGAAAUUAAAGGCUUGUGAACUGGAAUAUAAAGAUCAGAUUGAGAAACUUAUGAUAGAAAUUAAAAACAAAGAGGAAGACCACAAAUUAGAAAUAACACAGUUGAAUUGCGAUAUAAGAAGAAAAUUUGAAGUAAAAGAAGUGGAGUAUAGAGAACAGAGAGAGAAAAAAGAACUGAAAAUAUUAGAGUUAACUAGACAGCUGAAAAUUCAAAAUGAAGAGAAGCAGAAUGAAAUAAUUAAACUGCAGGUAGAGUUCAAUGCUAAAUUAGCAAGAGUUCAGAAUAAAGCAACAAAAUCAUAUUCAGAUGCUUCUGUCUUGCCACAAAGUAUCUAUCGAAGGAAGCUCCAGCAUCUCCAGGAGGAGAAGAACAAGGAAAUUGAAAUUCUCCAAAACACCAUAAGAGACUUAGAGCAACGUCUUAAUAAAGGCCAGAACCUGCACUUCAAACGGAGGCGAUUUUGAGUAGAUCACAUGAAGUAUUUCAGUAGUAGAUACAAUGAGAAAUAGAAACAGUGUAUUUCAAGCUGUGCACCUGAAAGUAAAAACAAGACAUGAAGAAAUAUGGAAUAUUUUUUAUUGAAAACACUCUUGUCAAAUAUUCCAAAGGCAUGCAUUCUGUGUAUAUUCAUGGCUACUUUCUUGCUAAUCAGCAUUCACAAUAAAAAGAUUCAGGUUUCGUAGGAGUAAUAAUUUCCCUAUUAAACCAUCAUUAAUUAUGGUGUACACUUUCAAAGCAGUUUUCCUUUCUUGAAUGUUCUCUUAUUCACCCAGGAAUCCUUCGAACAACUAUAUUUUUACUUCAACUCAGUUAAUCAAAGGUUAGGAAUGCUAAGCUACAGAGAAGUUACACAAGUUUAAGUGGUAUCUUAUUUUACUAAUCCAUAGAGAUUUAUCAAAUUCAGCACUGUUAUAAACAAAGAUAAACAUUAAACCAAGAUUAAAUUUGUUCUGCCCCUCCCUCUUUUUGAUACUGAUACUGAUUCUGCAUGGAGAGUUGUUAACACUGCUUCUCACUUUAGGCACAAUCUUACUGAUUUAGUGGGAUUUUACAAGCUGUAGUAAUAUGUAUUAAUGGGCCCUGAUACUAUAUCUAAGCCACAAAAGUUAAGUAUAUAAAUCUGUUACUUUAAAAUAAUGCAAUUACUGCUUGUAUCUUACAUUUGAGAUAAAAAGUUAUCUUGGCACGUUGCUUUGGAAUAAGCUUUUCUUGUACAUAAUUUGUAUCCCUAGGUUAGGAAAAAAAACCCCAACUUUUGAAUAUAUUCCAUGUUCUUAAUAAAAAAAUGAUUAAAAUA